AAUGCGUGAAGCUGAGCAUGAUGCACUAUUUUCGGGAAUAGGGACGUUACUUGACAGGAAGGGUAAGCUAGAAAGAUUAUGUAUGUGCUUUCGACCAGAAGGGAAAGAAACUCGUCGGGCAAAAACAAAUUCGUUUGGAAUAUUGACAUGACAAAGGAUAUUUUCUUGUCAAGAUCAACUCAGUCUUUAUAGUUUCACAACGGAUAAUUAUAUUCUGGAUCUACGAACAGAACGAUACGGAAGUAAACUUGCCAUCUGGCUAGCUUGCUAACGGCUAGAGUCUGGAUGCCAAGUCUGGGGGUGAUGGAGCUGGGCAGGCAACUGUGUGGGAAGAUGAGGAGGUCAAGGAGGGCCGAGGGCCCCGUCACUGUGACCAUGAGAGGUCUGGAGAUUCAUUUCUACCUUCCAGAUACUCACCCGCUGGAGUUUCUCAAAGACCGUUUCACCGCUGAGGAGCUGUGUGUGGAGGCCGCCAAAAGAUGCUAUAUCUCCCCCCUGUGCUGUAAUCUGUUUGGUCUGUAUGAUGAGAACCAACAGCUGUGGUACGCUCCCAACCAUGUCAUCAAGGUUACUGACGAGACCUGCAUCAAGCUUCACUACCGCAUGAGGUUUUACUUCACUAACUGGCAUGGUACCAGUGAGCGUGAGUCUCCAGUGUGGAGACACUGUAUCAGUAAGCUGAGGGGAGAUCGCGGCCCACAGAGGGCCCCUGAAGGUAUACCCCUACUGGACGCGGCCUCCCUUGACUACCUGUUCGCCCAGGUACGUGUGGGUGUGUGUCUGUAUGGGAGGGUGUGUACACUGUGCAGGUAAAAAUGCUAUUUGUCA